AUGGGGUCCUGGGAUUACUAUUGCGCCCUCUGCGGCUCGACCUUCUUCGGCGGCAAGAUAUCUCAAAAACCACGCUCAGCCCGCUUUCUUCGAGCUCGCCGUCUGUCCGCGGCCGAUCGACAGAUUGAAAAGCUCACUAGAGAGGGUGCGCCAAUUCCGGAAGAGCUGCACAGGGAGUUUGAUGAAAACAAUGAAGAGUCAAGUGAAGACAAGAAUGAUGCAAGCAGCAUGGACGAAUUCGAUGAAGACCACAGGUACGACCCCAAUGUUAUCACCGAGGAAGAGUCAACGUGGACUCUGGACCUCCAGUGCCUGGGCUUAAAUUCCGAGUCAUCUCCGAGCAAAGCAUUCCUCUCUGGUAUCGGCACUAGUGAGGAUUACGGAGGCCUUCGCGUUGACGCUGGAGACGACCCAAACUACCCCGAUGAUGAUUUCUUUUCGGCAUACUGUAUCACCGGCGAAAGCCCUGUCUACCCAUUCCAUCCAAAGUGUCUUGACCUAUUCCGUUUGUUAGUGGCCCAUAAGAGUGGUUCUGGGGCAACACCCGUAUCCGUUGAUGGAAGCUGGAUACCACUAUCUCUGGACCUAGAUAAAGAUACGCUCUUCGCCAUCUUACAUGAACGCGGCAAAUUUUCUUCUCGUCUAGACAUAGAUUACGGAGACCCGGAGCCCCCUGAUGAGCAGUUCUGGGAGUCCAAGCCAGGCGAGGAACUCUUCAUCGCAGACCCAACCCGAGAUGACGAGCUUGUGAAGAGCAUGAUUCUCACUCGAGUCUUCUUCCCUUAUAAGCCUAUUGAACGCUUCCCCCACGUUCACCGCGCCUUGGAUGGCAGCAGUUCCUUGUGGCUGAGAUAUAUUGGGAAAGCCAUGCCAUGGUUCUUUGAGCUACACGACUUUCUGGGCAAUCUAACCGACUCGAACGACGAUGGGCAUGGCACCACUAGCUCCAAUGCCGAUGCGCUCCGUGACAAGUCACUACGACGCUUCUUCGUGUGGGCAGAUCGCAUCACAACCCCUCGAGUUGGUAAAAAGGGGCCCUUUAUUGGCGUGGCAAACCGUCGUCGAAUCUGGGCCGUUAUAGAGGAUGCCACUGAAGAAGCGGCUUAG